GGUUACGCGCGGUAUAGGUUUGUAGACUGCAGCAUGGCGGCAGGGGAGGUAGCGGUAGUAUGUGAAUCGCCAGCCGGCCCUGCUCUUGUGUCCUGUCUUUUCGUGGUGUAAGCUGCUCACUCCGCUGCGCCAUACACCAGCGGACUCACAAGCAGAGCCGGAGGGGAAAAAUGGAGGAAGUGAAGCUGGAGUUCCCCUCCCUCCCGCAGUGUAAGGAUGACGCUGAGGAUUGGACAUAUCCAAUGAGAAGGGAUAUGCAGGAAAUUUUGCCUGGAUUAUUUUUAGGUCCAUAUUCAGCAGCAAAUAAAAGCAAGUUAUCAAUACUUCAAAAAUAUGGCAUAACCCACAUAGUCUGCAUAAGACAAAGUAUUGAAGCAAAUUUUAUUAAACCAAACUUUCAACAGUUAUUUAGAUACUUAGUGCUUGAUAUUGCGGAUAAUCCUAUUGAAAAUAUAAUACGUUUUUUCCCAAUGACGAAGGAGUUUAUUGACGGAAGUUUGCAAAAUGGAGGAAAGGUUCUUAUUCAUGGGAACGCAGGGAUUUCUAGAAGUGCUGCCUUAGUUAUUGCAUAUAUUAUGGAAACAUUUGGAAUAAAAUACAGGGAUGCUUUUACAUAUGUCCAAGAAAGAAGAUUCUGUAUCAAUCCCAAUGCUGGAUUUGUUCAUCAACUUCAGGAAUAUGAAGCCAUCUAUCUAGCAAAAUUAACCAUCAAAAUGAUGUCUCCACUUCAACUGGGAAGACCUUUAUCUAUUCAGUCUGGUGCUACAGGAAGUGUAAAACGAACACUUGAUGAAGAUGAUGAACUUGGAAACAUGCAAGUGUCUGCAACCUAUGACGGAUAACGAUUGGUUUGAAGUACUAAAUGUACAUCACAAAUAGUGAGAUAAAGUGGGUAGAAACACUUACCGUUCACGCUCAUCCACUCCGGCCCUGGUGCUGCAUUUGGGCUUUGUGGACGUAAAUGGAACUCCUUCAUGGAUGAGUGGAAUGCACUGAUUGUUUUACUUCUUUUUACACAUGACUGUUUUAAUAAAGGUUUUUUUGGACUUGCAUUGAGGUAUUACUGCAAUAACGCACUUUUCAUACUUGAAGUUUUUUUUUUUUUUUUCUUUAUUAUAAAAUAAUUUCAUGAAACGCAAUGCAGGCAACCAAUAGGAAAAAGAAAUGUUUCUAUACAAUUUUUGUUUAUUUAUAAGGAAAAGGCUUUAGUACUGAAAUGUUUGCUAAACUUGUGUUUGUAAAUACAUUUUUAUAGGUUUAGAAUUCUGAAAAUUUUUAACCAACCUGAUUAUAUUUGAGGACAUACUUGAUGAUUGAAAUGGAUUGUACACAAUAUUGCUAUAAUCUUCUAAAGUAUGUAAGUCCUUUUUAUUAUGCAAUUUAUAUUGUGGCUUUGGCCUGAAGAUUUAUCUCUUGUUUCUUCAUAACAAAUUAUACUGAUAUUUUCAAAUAAACGGACUGUAAACAAA